AUGGAACGCGAGGAAGAGAUUGAGCUAUUUGAGUACUCUCGAAGAGGCAACUACGAGGAGGUCCACCGACUGUUGGUUGUCGAUAAGUCCGUUAAGCCCGACGACUACGAGGCCUACGAUGGCAGCACACCAUUCUUGAUGGCGUGUCGGAAUGGUCACUGUGAUGUCGCCAGAUUACUACUGGAGCAUGGUGCUAAUAUUGAUGCCAGGACUGAAGAUCUGUCCAACUGUCUGAUACUUGCGAGUUCCGGUCGAUCCCCUGAAACGGUUAAGCUUUUAUUGGAAAAGGGAGUUGAUGUUAAUUAUGCUAAUGAAGACGGUGUGACCGCUUUGGAGCUCGCCAAGGAGCACGAUAGGAAGGAAGUCGCUGAUAUCCUCAGAAGUGCGGGAGCUUCCGAGCCCACUGAAAACCGCGAGCUGCCUCCCGCCAAGGCAAGCGAAAAAUGGCAGUAUGGAGCUUUAGAGUGA